UCAAAAUAAUCCUCGAAGGGGAAACCCUUUGGAAUUCUUUCACUCUCGAACGGUUCAUAGAAGCCAAUCGAAAACUCAGGAUGAGCCCUCCCAAUCAACUUCAUCGUCUUCCGCCUCCUCCCUCAACCCAGGGAAUGUCAGCUCGGGCUCUCACUGCCCAGCGAAAAAUGAUCUCCAAGCCGAUGGCUGAGGCUUGCGACGAGAACAAGGCGUUCCUUGCGACCGCCAUUGACAAAAAAGAUUAUAGCAAAACCUUAUUGGUUGACGACGGUAGCACCAAAGGAGCCAGAUCCGUCGCCGUUUUCAGAUUGACACCUCGACGUGAACGUCACGAUGACCGUCCUCCCCGGAGGUCAUCCCGCAGUGGUUCUUCUCCGCGAAGAGAGAAGUCAAGGGCCCGGACUGACCGUUCUCCUCGAUCGUCCCCUCCUACUGAACCAAUGGGUCCUCCUCGUCCUGCUGAUAUGUCUUCUUCUUCUCAACGUAGUGGUGAGAAGACGAACCUGGGUGCAGCUUCUCAGAAGGAUAGUUCUGAGUCUCGAGAUGAUUCUCCGAAGACAAAGCCUGCUCUUGUUCCUCAGAUCAAAUCGCUCUCAGCCAUGGAGAAAGAGGGUAACGUUUUUUGGUGCUUCAAAACCCGGUCAGGUGCGAUCCUGCCGGAAUUCAACAAGUGGCGCUCUGCAAUUCGUGAACGAUACCUACUUCAUGCUCAUCAUUCAUCUCGGGCGAACGGCGAGCUCAAUGACAUAAUUGAACAUUACGAAGGGUUGGUCAUUGGUCGGGAGAAGGAGAUCGACACGUGGAAGGACAAGUUUUCUAAUCUCGAGGCUGACCUCCGUUCUUCUACCAACUCCAAGCAUGAUUUGGAGGACAAGGUUGAUGGUCUAUCAUCCGAGCUUGCGAAGAUAAAGGGGGAGCUACAGGACCAGUACGACCAAAAUUUCAAACUCCAGGAUGAGCUUUCUGGUGUUCAGAGUAGACUUCAUGAAUCCGAAUCAACCGCCGACACCCUGAACAACCAAUGUGACUCUCUCUGUAAAAGGUGUGAGAUGGCAGAGGAAACAAUAAAUCAUGCUUUAUUUGAGUGCACUCAUUCUCAGAUAAUAUGGGAAUUAUCCGAUAUACCUACGAAAGAUAGGAAUAAAAAGGUUUUCAAGGGAUUACAAUCUGAACCCAGAGAUAUUUUAAAUCAUGCUUGGAGUGAAAAAUUAAUGUGGGAAGAAGCUCAGUUGGAUCCGAUCGAAACUAGUUCUACUACGGAAACUUUGGAACGACCGGUUCAAUCUAUAAGAUGUCGUAUUGAUGGUUCUUGGAAAAAUUCAGAUCCAACAAUGGGUAUAGGAUGGUGGUGUUUUCAAGAAAAUGAUCAAACGAUACUGCUCGGUGCAAAGUGCCUUCGGAGGUGUCCCUCCCCUCUUCACUCGGAGAUGGAAGCUUUAAUUUGGGCUAUGAAGAAUAUCCUUUCAAGAGGGAUCGAUUGUCAGGUGUUUGAAUCAGACUGCUCGGAGUUAGUCUCGAUGAUACAGUCACCGGAUGAAUGGCCUGCUUUCUCCAAUCUUCUAGACGAGUUUGGUUUUCUCCGUGUCUCUUUCCCUUUCUUCUCGCUUUCUCUUAUUUCUCGUUUAUGCAAUGUUCAAGCGGACUGCUUAGCCCGUUCUUCUAGACUUUUAUUUUCUGAAGUUACUUUUGUAAACUCUACUCCUCCUAAUUGGACAACCAAUCAAGGAAUUAUUUAUUAA